AUGGAAAUGAGGCGUCGAGAACUGGAGCGGCAGAGAGAGCGAUUGGAAGAGCAGUUUGCAGAAAAGGAUCGAGUUCUUCGCCAUAAAAUUGAGCUGCAGUUGUCGGAGAAGGAAAGCGCCCUAGAAAUUACAAGAAAAUCUCUUGAGACUCGCCUUGCCGAGCUUGCGAUGAACAAGGAACACCUAGAUCGUGCUAAAGCCGAAUUCCAGGCAAAGUUCACAUCUGAUGUCGAGCUUCUCAACCAAGAAUGGGCAAAACUGAGCGGCAAGCAGGAAGAGUUGAGAUCAUACUAUCGACAGGAGUUUGAGGCGGAACAGAAAGGAAUGAAGGAAAAAUCAGAAGAGCUGGAAAAAGUCAAUGCUGCUCUGAAGAGAAGUCUCAGCGAAAGCAGUGCCGAAAUCUAUCAAAUGCGCUCGCAGUUGUCAAGAAUGACGAGUUUAGAGGACGAACUAAAAAUUAUGAGCGAAAGACUUCGCAAAGAAGUGGAGGAGAGGCAUCGUUUGUCACGGUGUUCUUACGAGGCAGAUCGUCUGCGGGAUGAGAAUGCCUACUUGAAGGAGGAACUCGAAGAACUCAAAUCCGUUGUUCGCGAGUCGAAAGCGAAGAGUUCCUCUACGCCCGUAGUGAAUGCAUCAAGAGAGGAGGCCUUUUUGGUGAAAAUAAACGAGCUGAAGAAUAUAAUUAGAGUCAUGAGUGACAAGAUCGCCUCAAUAUCGUCUGAGCGCGACUAUCUACGGCAGCUGCUACGUGACACUCGCAAAGAGAUAUCCAGUGAUUCUAUAGUUAGGAUGCGUGGUACAUUAACUGCUGGCGGAUCGAAGGAAUUAAGACCAAGACAUCAAUUUUUGCGCUACACGGAUAGUAGUGAAGAAACCUCUGCGUCCUCGAGUUCUGUGGGCUCCUCCGAUCUGCGGAAUAUAAAGAAACGAUUCAGCACGCUAGAAGAUCUGGCUAAGACGCUGGACACUACAAUCGAUUGCGUUGCAGCUGCUCGAUCUGCACACGGCCGGGUCCUCGGAUCUCCAGACUUUCUAGUCAGUGAGGGCUACGACGAUUUUUGUCGGUCUCUCAAGCAAAACGUGGAUAGAUAUAGCUCGCCCAAGAAACCCAUGUUGAAAGAAGAAGAAAGCAAGAAGGCGAUAGAAAUCACGGAGCCGGUGGUUGGUCCGAAAGCUGGUGUUUAUAGCGGGCAACGAGAGGAUGUCUCAAUAACACCGAGUUCAUCGGUGCAGAAAACCGUAAAACCCACCCAAGAGACCCAGCUUACUCAGGAGCUGACAAAUGAAGAAGUGCCUAUGCAAAGAAAGCACACCCAGAAGAGCUCCCGC